AUGGCCCCACUCAAGAUCGUGCUGGAGGGCAAAUCGUCCAUCACCCGCCAGCCGGAACGAGCUGCACUCGCCUUCGUCAUCCAUACGAGUGGACCGAACCAAGAAACCGUGUCCAAGGAGGCGAUCGAGGCGUCCAAUGAGAUCAACAGGCUUUUUAAUGAGCUGCCACCCAAAACGGAGACUGGCGAAACUAUUGCAGGCUCACCGGUGACCACUUUCUCUUCCACCUCGCUACGAACAGACGCUACAUUUCCAGGGGAUAGUUCGGGCGAGCGUCUACCUACAAUCUACCAUGCUAUUAUCUCGCUCAACGCACUCUUCCAGGACUUCACGAAGCUUGGCGUAAUCGUCGCAAAGCUAAUUUCUUACCCCAACAUCGAGAUCAAGUCCCUCGAUUGGUGUCUCACCGAGGCGACGCAAAAGGCCAUGAGUACCGAGUCUCGCGAAGAGGCAAUGCGCAACGCCGUCCAGAAGGCAAACGACUACGCUGGGGUCAUUGGAAGAGAAGUCGUUGCGGUGGAAGUCAGCGAGUUGAGGGGCGGAGGGCAGUUUGACAAGAGGUACAAUCCAGAUCUACACAGGCAGCAAAUGUAUCAACCGCAGCAACAACAGAUGGCUCAGUCAGGCGUACGUUACUCAUCUAUGGUUGAUUCCUCUGCUUCCAGCUUGAAAUCCCAUUCAGGUGCUUCUCCGGGACUUGAUUUGAGUCCACAGUUAAUGCGGUACACGAAUUCUGUGGAAGUUAUAUUUCAGGCUGUACACAAUUGA